CCAUAUCCACAAAGUCACAUGACCGACAAGUUAACUUCGCAGACGACUGACUGUGGGCUGAUUUUUCAAGGUUUUUAGCAACUUUCUGGUUGGACAUGUGGCAGUAGCUACUCCGACAAAACAUCACCAUGGCAACUGCACCCCCUGCCAACCCACAGGUGCAGAAACUCAUCAAAGACGUCGAAGAAUGCAUCACUGAGUUGAAACAACAGUACUUCACAGACAUCCAGGAGCCAAUCACAGAUGACAACACAACUCUGCACCGCUUCUGUGCCAAAUUGGAAAUCCUGUUACAGACAGACCAGAAAGAGAAGUCGAGUUUUCUGGGCGGGAGGAAGGACUACUGGAACUACUUCUGUGACUGUCUGGCAGGAAACAAAGGGCUGAACGACGGCAUCAGAUAUGUCAAGAGUCAGAAUGAGGUGAAAACAAACCUUGGUCGAGGCCGUGCGUUUCUGCGCUACUCUCUUGUCCAUCAGCGAUUGGCCGACACCAUGCAGCAGUGUGUGCUCAAUGGGAAGGUCACCAGUGAUUGGUACCACCCUAGGUCAGUACUGUUGCAUCAUGGGACGUCCUCUACCCUUGUCAAUCACUUCUAUGACCUGAAUGACAUCCAGUUUGACCUUACACCUCAUGGACAUGACCUUGACGCAGCAUGGCCAACUUUUGCCAGGAAGAUGUUUGGUUCCCCUGGUCAGUACUGGAGACCCCCCAGCAGGACGCCCAGUAUGAGCAGUCUGGGCAGCUUCUCUUCACAGCCUGCCACCCUGAGUGAGGUGUCCAGUCCCAUGAUGGAGCCUCUGCCUGCCACACCGUCUGAAGAGGAGAAGUAUCAAGAGCUGCAGAUGCAGCUCGACCAAUCAGAGCUUAAGGAGAGAGAACUGUGGAAAAAGAUCAAAGAUUUGGAAGCAGAAAAUGAAGAAAUUAACAAGCUGGCCCUCGACACUGAGGACAGGCUGUCAAAUGUCCGGACAGAACUGCAGAAAAAGAUCUCAGAUCUGGAGUCUUCUCUGAAGAAAACAGAGGAGGAUCUGCAAGAAAGGACAAAGAUGUGGAAAGAACAGGAAAAUCAACUAGAAAAGGCCAAAAGAGAUGCAGAGUCCACUGUCAGUGACUUGCAGCAGAGAGUUGAAGUAUUGAGAACUCAGCAGGACAGCAGAGAAAAGGUCUUCUCAGAGAAAGAACAAGAGCUACAGGAGAGACUAAAGAGCAAAGAUACGGAAAACUCUGAGCUGAGAAUUGAACUGAAAUCAGCACAGAAAGAACUGGAGACCCAGAAGACUUUUGACAUGCAGAAGGAUGGCAGCUUACAAGGUUUGCAGCAGAAAAUAGCAAGUCUAGAGGCAAAAAAUGUGGAAUUGAUAGCAACAAUGGAAGGAAUGGCAAAGGACAAAGACCAAAAGGCUGCCAGCCAUUUCGAAUCAGCCAACAAGGUGCAUGAAAUGCUGAACAAACUGACAGAGACUGAGGAAGCUAAUGUCACACUGAAGGCACAGAAGGAAGAGCUGGAAAAGAAGUGUGCAGGUCUUGAGAGUCAACUUGAAGAGAGGAAGGCAAAAACAGAGAAAGUGGUCACACACGUGAAGGAAAUGAGACGUAGCCUGGAACAGCAGGUUGGGAGUCUGGAAAAGAAGUGUGAAAACCUCCAGAAAAUCAUCGAAGAAAAGUCCAACAACGAAAAGCACCUACAAGACAGACUGGCCCUACUACAAGCUGUCACAGAAAACCAGGAGAAGAAAACGGAAGAGAUCUCGCGAAAAGCAGACUUGUACAAGAGCAUGGUGAGUCUGAAGGAGGAGGAAAGUGCCAGGAAACUUGAGAUGGCUGCUAGGAAUUAUGAGCAGAAAUUUGAGUCCGUGCAAAGGUCCUUCACAACGUACAGCCACAAGGCAGAAUCAGUGGAAGGCCUGUUCUCUAAGAGACUAGCAGCCAUGGAGGUGGCAAAUGCAGAGCUCCGUCUGAAGGCACAGACAUCAGAAAUGAGCAGUGGAGAAAGUAAAGAGAAAGUGGACAGUCUGGAGAGAGAAAGAACCGAGUAUCAAGAAAGGAUACAAUGUUUAGAUUCAGCAAGGAAGGAGUUAGAAGACAGAGCAACGCAAGCGGAAACGUCUCUUACAGAAAUGACAGGUAAAUCGCAAAUCCUGCAAAAGGAAAAGCAGGAACUGGACAAAACAGUUGAUCAACUGCAGAUUCAGAUAUCUGAAUUAGAGGUAGAAAAAGACACACUGCAGGAAGAGAAAAAUGACCUCCACAGAAGAGUAGAUCAGAAAGAGAAAGAGACAGUGGAACUGAAAACAAAAGUAGGAGAUUUAGAGUCUACGGUACAGGAGGGAAAGGAAAAAGUGUCUCUUAUGGAGAGGAUGUUGGACGAGUUAAACAUGCAAAAUGACGAAAUGCGGUCAAGUAUGAGCGGAAACGAACAGAAGCUGUCACAGAGGAUCAAAGAUCUGAGUGACCAGAUCUCAAAGGCAGAAGGUGAACACUCUAGUGUGAAACUGGACCUGGAACGAAGGCUGAAAUCAACAGAAGACAACUUAGAUGGAAAGGAGAAUAAGUGCAAAGAGCUAGGAGACAAAGUUGCCAGCUUAGAAGGACACUGCAAAUCCUUGAUAGAAGAAAAAGGGGGAGUCGGGGAGGAAUUAUCCAAAAAUAUCGCAAGGGUACAGGACUUGGAGAAAGAGAUGGAUGAAUGGAGAAUAAAACUGGAGACUGCAGAGAUAAAGAAACUGGAGUUGACCAACUCUGUGGAGGAGUUGAAGAGAAAGGUGGAGGAAGAGAAGAAGGAGAGAAUGCUCGUGGAGAUGAAACUGGGGACUGAGGAGGCCCAGGGUUCUGAGCUGAAGAACCAGGUUAAAUCUUUAGAAAUGAGAUGGAAGGAAGAGCAGGAAGGUGCCAGGGCAGUCAUGCUGGAGCUGGCAGGACUCAAAACGUCUGUUAGCAGGCUGGAGAACAAGGAAGACGAGCUGCAAAGACACCUGGAAGAGGCUAAGAGGGAUCUGAGAGAUAAAGAUUCAGACAACACAAGGCUGAAGAAGAAGAUUGAAGAUGGGCAGAGUUCAGCAAAGGAGGAGAAAACAAGACUACAGGAAAGAAUCACAACACUGGAAACUGAGAAGGGAAAACUAGUCGGAGAGAUGGGUGGCUUAAAACAACAACUGACAGGAAAAACCAACAACGUAGAACAACUGCAGGAAAAACUGAAGAACCUAGAGACCACAGUAGGAAAGCUCGGAAGCAGUGAGUUAGGACUGAGAUCCACGUUGGGGGAAAAGGAGAAACUGCUGGAAAAGAAGGAGUCCAAAAUCAGAGAGCUGACAGAAAAGAUAGCAGAAAUUGAAGGUAAAAAGGGAUCACUCGAGAAGGAAAUAGCAGAGCUUACUAGCAAUUCAAAAGCAAAGGAUGAUGAGAUAAAAGAACUUAAAAGUCACCAUUUAACUCUGAAAGAGGAGACGAAUGCUCUCCAGGCUAAACUGGAGAAGGAUGUAGGAAACCUGGAAGACAAGUUAAGAAGGGCGGAAGAGGAAGCAGCAAAUGUUGGGAAAGAAAAAGGAUCCAUCGAAGGGGAACUUCUUCAAGUAAGACAAGAUUUGGAAAAGGAGGAGCAGCACAGACGACAACUGGAGACCACGGUGGAAGACAUGAGGCGGCUACAGGAGGAAAACGUGACACAAACACAAGUGUACGAGGAGAGGAAACAAAAGAUGGUCCAGGAACACGAGGAAAAGAUGUUUUCUCUGCGAGAAGAGAUGACCCACCUGCAGUCUCAGUUCGAAUCAACAAAGGAAGAGAAGUCUGACUUGAACAAGGACUACGAACAGGUUUCUGCCGAGCUGGAGACAACUAAAGAAGAACUGAUGAAGGUGGAUCAGGAGAAAACAGACCUGAAGAGAAGGGUGGAAAGGGCUGAGAGUGAGCUGGCUGAAGUCAAGGUUAUGGUGGAUGAAGCAGUCACAGAGAGAAAUGAGCUGCAGGGAAGGCUUUUUCAGACCAGUUCAGAAUGCCUGGAGAAGUUAGAGGCUGCAGCUACAGAGAAGAAAGACCUGGACAAUCAUUUAGCUUCAGUCACAGAGGAGAAAGAGAGUCUUGAAAAGAAAGCAACCAGCUUGCAAGUGAGCCUUGAGGAGGUGACCAGUCAGAAGCAGAAGUUGGAAGCUGAGUUGGAGAGGACUAAAGACGAGCUGAGGACAUCCCAGUCCACCCUGGAACAGGAGGUUUCCUCACUCAAGUUCCAGAUCAGCUACGACACCAUGCAGCACCAGGGGGUGCUCAAGGAGUUUGAAGAGAAGCAGGAGGAGUGUAAGUCUCUCCAGGAGAAGUCAGCUCUACAGGAACAUGUCAUCAGUGAUCUGGAACAACAGAUCCUGGGGGACAAGGAGGAUCAUGGGAUAGCCUUACAGAAGGUUACUGGAGAGGUGGAUCAGCUGAAGUCCAGUCUUCAGAGUCGGGAUAAGGAGUGCAGCGUCCUCAGUACUGACUUACAGAGGACCAAGAAGAUGCUAGAUGAAGAAAGGAACCAAAGUCUUAAGAUCAAGGCUGACCUAAGUGAGGUGAGGAGAGAGUGUGAGGAGAAGGAACGUGAGUUACAGGAGAUGAGAACAGACACCAUGGAGCUCAAAACUGAACUCAUCAAACUCAUCAGAGAGAAGGACCAACUCUGGCAGAAAACCGACCAGCUGGAGUACCUACAGAAGCUGCGUACUGGAGAGAGAUGGAUGGAGGAUAAGGAAGUGAAGAAAUGUAUGAAAUGUGAGACAGAUUUCUCCAUUAUUGUCAGGAAGCACCACUGCCGCCUGUGUGGCCGUAUCUUCUGUCAUCCCUGCUCCAACAACUGGAUCAUGACUUCACACAGCAGCUCUGUAUUUUUGCCAUCUACUAAGAAGUCUCGCUGCUGUGAAGAGUGUUUCCAGCUGCACCAACAGUUGGACAGCAGGACAGCUGACAUGGCUGGCGGGGACACAGCAGGGGACAGCAACAUCGGGGAGGACAACAACAGGAUCCUGAGUGAUGAUGAGGAUGCAGUUGACGAACGAGAUGCUAACUUUGACUUUGUGAGUGAAGAGGAGAUAGCAGCCUCUGCAGGGUCUGAUGGGGGUCAGUCCUACCUGGGCAGCAGUGAGUCCAGCCUGACCACCAGUCUGACCAUGUCAGUAGAGGAGAUCCAGGGAAGGACAGAUGGAAGCUGUGAAAUGACCGUCAAAGCUGGGAGGAGUUUUGCCCUGCCUAUCCUGGUGGAGGCACCAGGCAUCGUUCUGUGCUGGGAGUUCCAGACAGAGCCAAAGAACAUUGGGUUCAGUGUGCAGUACAAGGAGAGUGAUGUCCACGAGGAGUGCCAGGUCCUGAUCCCCAUGUGUAAGUGUAACUCUCACAGACAGGCUGUACAGGGGGAGCUCAUCGCCAAGAGAGCCGGCGUCUACACACUUCUGUUUGACAACUCCUACUCCAGGUUCACAUCCAAGAAACUGACAUACAAGCUGCAAGUGAAGAGACCAGUGACAGAGGCCAGUAGCUAAUAAGUGUUGCAUAGCAACAGCCAAUCAGUGACCCUCACAAGCUACCAAUCAGACAUGCCAGCAGGCUGUUGCUUAGCAACGGCCAAUCAGCAACCUACAGGAGGAGACCAAUGGCGCGGUCUUAUCAGGCUGUUGCCUAGCAACUGACAGUAGCCUGUUACAAGUCAUGCAUCUUCUAUUGUCCAUUGUUCUGGCAAACCUUAAUUUUUUUUUUUAAAUCAUCAUUUGGGACACAGUUAAAGCUAAAGCUAUGCAUAGAUACGAGCAAUUGCCGUGACAAAAAUCACGGCCAGCAAGAGGUAGGCCAAAAUCGAGUGACAGUUGAUUUGCCUACCAAUAAUUUGCAUAUGUCUUCAAAUAAUUUGCAUGUAUAUGACGUGAACAAAAACUAGGAUUGCUCGUAUGACAUUCAUUGGUUGCUUGAAUUUAAAUCAUUCUGUGAAGGAUAUAAGAAUUUGCACAGGUAUAAUGAAUUUCAGUCACUCUUGCAUUGUAGAAGUACACACUGAAGUAGUCGUUUGCUAGCAGUACCCAUUCUUUAUUAUACAUUGUACUUCUCUAUAUACUUAAGGCAGCAGGGCUGGUAAGACACUGCUCUUACUCUAUUGUAUGCAUCAGAUAAGAGAUUAACUUUGUCCAGAAUCUGAUAUUUUAGGCAAAGGAAUACCAAUAAAUGAAUGAUUUUACUCUAAUUUGUAUGAAAUGUCUGCCAACAUUAAAAUAUGCACAGCGUAAUGCAUCUUGUUCUAAAGACUAAGUACUAUACUGAAUGUCAGGCUUGUGAUGUGUGUUAAAUUGUAAGAGUGAAGUGGAAGACUAGUUAGUGUUUUUUUAAACAUUGUCAGACAUGUUGCACAGAAAGUAGGCUAUGGUGAUCAGAAGAAUGUUCGAAUUGUAAUCUAAGAGAAAAAGAAUGUAUUUUCAGGAUUUGACUUUGGGAAUUUGGUAAUGUAAGGCAAAAAUUCAAUGUUGUGAGGGAAUAUGCAAUAAAGUAUUUUGUAAUUUAGGUGUAGUUGUUUCCCCAAAGAUAGUGUCAAAAAAAGAAAAAAGCAACACCAGCAAGGGCUGAUUUUAAAAAUGAUAUUACACUUUAUAAAAUUAUGGCAUUAUACAAAAAUGUAAUACAGUCAAUCUUUUGCAAAAUGCUAUCUUGCCCCCUUAAAUUGUCAUGAAAUAACUGACUUAUACCGUGGCCCCAAAUUGGUCUUCUUGCUCUUAAAUGUAUUGAAUCAGAUCUUUAAUACAAUAUUCAAUAUGAAAUAGAUAAACUCAUAGAUUUUACUUUUAAGUAGUUUGGUGCUAGUUUCCAUGCUAACUUGUAGAAUCGUCAACAGCUACUGUAUAGGGACCAAAAUGCCUUGCCAUAUACACAUGUAUGUGUAGCUCAAAUAAAUGCAAUUUUUGCAAUAAAUGCAAUAUCAAGCUAUAUUGUUUAUGCCCUGUAAAGAGGAAACUGAUGAACAUCGAAGAUUUAAUUGCUAAUAUACUAGUAUAUCAAGUAUAUUGUCCAGUUGAUAAUGCAAUAUCACUAGCUAACAUUACCUGAAGUUAUACAAUCUGUUAUUGUUGACAUACUGAUAUGACGAAUGAGUAACUGUACAAUAUACACUAGUCUUCUGGUAUAAUAACACCACCAAUAUGUGUAACUUGUUUUUUUUUUUUGGUGGUGCUGAAAAAAAAGGAAUUUAACAAAACUUGUAGCUUUGCUAUUACAGUGGUUACAGAUAAUGAAUUGUUGUAGAGGAGUAAAUGAACAUGACAAAAGAUCUCACUUGUGUACAGAAUCUGAUAUAUAUUAUGUACAAUGAUGUUUUGUGCGAAUAUGAUAGUGAAAACAUGCCGUUUGCCAAGAAUACAAAGUAAAGAGAACCCCAGUGGACGGCAAUAAUGGGUUAACAAAUGCUGUUUACAUGUAGUUAUUACAGAAACGUGAGGUUUUAAUAUUCAUAUCUCUUCUUGGUUUGGAGUGCCAAGUAAAAUAUGAAU